GGGCUGGAGUACCCGACUCCGCGCAUCGAUGGCUUCAUGAGCGACAUCUUCAACCAUGACUCAGAGCUGACAAACUACGUGCGCAAACUGUAUGGCUACGCUCUUAACGGCCAUACCCGAGAGGAGAUCUUCGUGCUUUUGCUUGGAGCUGGAGGAAAUGGGAAGGGGGUCUUGAAGGAGAUGCUGCAGGCCGCGACCGGUGGUUACUAUGGCACCAUGUCGAAGGACGCGGUGGUUACAGCUCCCGGCCAGAAGCCCUCCUCGAAGAACGCCCCUACCAACUACAUCUACGACUUGAUGGGCGUGCGGCUCGCUGUCACUGAUGAGACGGCAGAGGGCGAGCGGGUGGAUUUGGGGCUUGUCCUAGCGAUGACCGGGGGCCCGGGCACGACAAAGGCGCGCUGUCUCUAUACAAACCCGGUCGACUUCACCAUCACCCACACACCCUUCGUUCAGACGAAUUACCCUCCCGCAAUGGCUGCAACGGCGAUCAAGGAAAAUGUUGCGCGCCGCCUGCGAGUGAUCCCGUUCCCCAACAGCUAUGUGGGCGCGGACACCUUCAAUCCCUCCAAUGCAACCCACCGCCUCAGAGAUGACGGGUUGAAAGAUCGCAUGAAGGAGGAAGAGUCCCUUCGACAAGUGCUUUCGUGGAUAGCCCGCGGUUCGGUCGAGUGGUACUCCAGUGCGAACGGACUUGGGCCUCCUCCCAAGGCGGUGAAGGACGCGACGCGUGAGUACGUGGGCGAGGCGGACAAGCUGCAGAAAUUUCUCGACCAUCAUUGCGAGGUUGGAGAAGGGUUUUCGACUUUGCAGAUCGAAUUUGCCACCCUCUAUCGCGAGUUUUCCUCGGAAAGAUUUUCCAAUGAAGAAUUGGCGAGGAGGAUGGAAAAGAAGGGGUUCAAGAGGCUUAAGAACAACGAGUCGCCGCGACAGCUCUACUAUCCGAAGAUCAAGUGCGAGUAUGUAAUUUGA